CGGAAGUGAAAUGAUGUGAAAUGAUGUAUAAAGACCCCGCUUGAUAGAGUACGAUACAUAUGAUUUUACUCUCUUAUACACCCUACAUAAGUUUGUUGGCGAUAUCCUUAAGCCGAGAACUAAUCUAAUAAUGUCAACAAUAUCAUCAGACGCGAAAGCGAUUAGCUCUUCUGAUACCCCGUCGGUUGACAGAUAUCCGGAGUUGACAAUCCAAGGUCCUCUUUCAAGAAGAGGCCAUGGCCCAGGGUUACUCCUCCUGGUCGACGCGGAGCUUGAUCUUCGUAAAAAGCACGAGAAGACUUUAGACCCGCCACCCUUGUAUAAAUGGGCCGAAGAAGGCUUUGCCGUUGCGCAGUUAAGAGUUACGAAAUCUAAUAGAAUAUUGCUAUACGAUGCCAUACGCUCGGCACUCUCCAAGUUACUCGCAUUGCCGUCUUGCGAUCAAAUUGAGAAGAUUGGAAUCAUCACUUAUAUGCCUGUCUUGGAAUCCGUCGUACUAGAAGCAAUCGAGGCCCAUCCCGAGAUUUGUACCGUCGUCUGUUACGGUGCACUACUAACGGGUGUCACUACUAGCAAGCUGCCGUUACUAGCACACGUACCUGGACCUUUUACGAAAGCCCAAGAGGAUGGUAGUAAAGAAGGGACUAACGAAAAGAAGUAUCACUACGAGAAUGCGAAAUCCUUCUUUGCGAUCCCCGCACAUGAAAACUACCACGCUACUUCAGCCUCGGUGGCCCACACGCGGUCGCUCUCUUUUCUGAAGCCGCUUGUUGGCGCCCCCUAUUUCGACCUCGAGAAAGUGUGGGACGAGCACACGUACUGGGAAUUCCAAGCGCGAUCCGUCGAGGAGACGAUGGCGACCAUGGUGGAAGAACCAUACGUGAACCACGUGCCAACGCUCACAGGCGGUGUUGGACGACAGGCCCUGACCGAAUUCUACAGAGAGAACUUCAUCUUCAGCAAUCCGCCUGACACGCAGCUUGAGCUCGUGAGUCGGACCGUGGGUAUCGAUCGCGUGGUCGACGAGUUCCUAUUCAAGGCGACUCACGACCGUGUAAUAAACUGGCUCAUCCCUGGUAUCCCAGCAACCGGGCGAUUUAUCAGUAUUCCGUUCACGAGCGUGGUAAACAUACGCGGCGAUCGUCUCUACCACGAGCACAUCAGCUGGGAUCAAGCGACGCUUCUUAGACAGCUAGGCUUACUUCCAGAGUAUCUCCCAUUCCCAUAUCCAGUUGCGUCGGAUUCAGGGGCAUCUGCUACGAGCUUCGAAUAUCGUCUCCCCGUUGCCGGAAUUGAGAGCGCGCGUAAGCUAGCGGACGAGAGCUCUGUGGAUUCGAAUGAGAUGCUCCAAUAUAAGUAUAGGGAAAAGAUGUGAGGUCUGCUGUCAGACAAACUGUUAGACGAACUUAUUCUAUACUUAUUAGUCUAUACUUAACAUCUGAGACAUGUCGGAAGUUCUUUACAUUCUCGUCCCUUUAGCUAACACAGUAUUCUUACUGUAAUCGGCAACGCAGAUAAAUUUCUAUUAAUAGGUUGCGCACGGUUACAGUACCGGCUUUAUGUAAAUAUCCAUCCAAUGCUCAGAGCCCAAAAGCUCUCGCCAAGAAGAUCUCCAGGUUUC